CGCGAAAAUGGUGAUAGCGGUCUGUGACAAUGACUAACGGGGAUAUUUUGUGUUUUACCAGGUAAAAUGGGAUCGAGAAAGGAUGUUACCACGUUGGAGAAAUGCAGGGAGCAGAUAUUACAGCGACAGAAACAAAUUCGAGAAACUCCAUUUGGACAGAAUUACACGGCCAUACAGCAGCAGUUAGAUGACCUUCAUGACCAAGCAGCAGAGGUGAAGGACAUUAAGAAAGAACUUGAUCAUAUAAAAAAGAAACGGGGUCACACCAAGGAUUAUGAAAAUACGGAAAGAGAUUUCAGGUCCCUGGAGGAUGCAGCAUUACAAAAGAAAAGAUGCUUGGAGACUGUUUUAUACGUCAGCGAGGUGGAAAAUCUGUAUCAGAAUGUACAGACCGAUAUGGAGGAUCGAGCCCUCUACCUCAGCAACAGACCAAAAGUCUUUGAGAGUGUUUACCGAGACGAGGAUGUUACCGAGGCGUCCAGAAUGCACAAAAACUGUAUCUACGCUCUUCGAUCGAGCUGGCAAUGGCUAACAGUACUCAACAAGUGUAUGGACGUCCAUAUGUCGAACGCUGCAGAAUUUCAUCAGUUCCACCACGACAUCCGACACCUGGACGAAGACAUGACAACGUUUCUAUCCUGGCUGAACAGUGAGGCGCUGCGACGGCCGGUGCAGACUCACGACCCACAACUCAUGUUGAAACACUUCAGGCUAAUCACGUGUCAGCUGCUCGACUACCAGUCUCGGAUGGAGAAGCUGUGUGAGAGAAGCAAAUCUGUGUUCCCCAUUUACUACCGCCGCGAGAUGCCCGCCUUCGCCCUCACCGCCCGCGCUCUAGUCAACUAUCAACACCAGAAGAUCUCGCUGUCUGAAGGAGACUCCUGCACCGUGUUAGACAAUUCAGACGCUGAGCAUUGGCAGGUGCGGACGUCUGAUGGACAUGAAGCCGAGUUGCCCUCCAUUGUUCUGGUCAUACCUCCGCCUGACCCAAAGUCAUUUGUGGCCGCACAGAGACUGAGAUGUCAGCUGCAUGUUCACUGGGAUUCUACCAUAGCAAGAUUGAGAACACAACUUGUGCAGUUCAUGACAAUGGUUGCCAAGGAAACACAGCAAAGUCAGUUUAAAGGUCUUUCAGCCAAUCAAAAGUCUUCUCUCAUGAAACUGAUGAAUGAAUCCACUCAGCUGCUUCGUUCUAACAACAAAGACGACGGUGAAUACACUGACCUGAAAUUUCAACUGACAAACAUCAGAAAAUUCCUCAGUCAGGCCACUACAGGUAACAAAGAUCUGAAGAACGGCACAGUGAGCAAGUGGCAAGACACAGCCAGAACUUUCAGAGCAUAUGUGGAACUGUUGACGUAUCACAAGACAUUCAGAAAAGACGUUGCCUCUCGUCUGGGAGAAGAAAAUCUAGUGGUAACCGACGUAGACAACCCACCAACAUUCACAUCCAGGGCGUAUUUCGAACGAGCCCUCCCUAUUGUGGAUAUUGACAUGACAACCAAAGAGAGCCGCCUGACAACCGUCACCGCGGAGAUAUACAUACAUGAGCGACACAGAGGCAAAAAGCCGCUGGCACCACCGCGACGAAAACGAGCCGUGAAGGAAAAGCUCGCCAGCAAAGAAUACGAUAACGACCUGUUCUCGGAAACAACAGAAAUCACAGAGGUGCGAUCGUUCGUCAUCACAGGCGUCCUUGACCCCCGAAAUGACAAAGUCCUGAGCGUUUCGCAGGCGAUCGCCAAGGGGAUACUGAACCAGCGACACGGGACGUACAACAAUCCCGACACGGGGUAUUCCGUGUCCAUUCCGGAAGCCAUUAACCUUGGCUACGUUCUCGUUGAAUACCGGGAUCACAUGGUGAACGGCGACAUCAACCACAACGGGAUCGCGGGAUUACAGAAUGCCAUGGACACGAAGAAGAUCCCGAUAACGGGAGUUAUCGACCCUCGCACCGGAGAGUGGAUCAGUGUCAAAGAGGCUAUCGCCGCGGGAUUGAUCGACCCGAAAACGGGGAAGUUCCGCAAUCCCGUGACGGGUGAGGAGAUGUCGUUGAUGGAUGCGAUAAAAUCGGGUUACCUGAUCGCCGAUCCAGCUGCGUUUGGGAACGACAGUGAGGAAAACGGCGUGUUCACGUCGAUAGAAUUGGAGGACGUAGCGUUCACAAUUUCGGGCGUGAUCGACCCAACCACGGGGGAGGAAAUCUCGCUGAAGCGUGCAAUACAGGACGGAAUAAUCGACCCAGUGAACGGAGUGUACCGCGACCCAGCAACUGGGGAGGUCAUGUCGAUCGCGGAUGCAAUAAAACGUGGUCUGAUCAAAGGGAGACCAUUCGAUCCAACCCGCGACAAAGACGACGGAAACAUUUUACGCUUUCAACAGCUACAGGUGAAAAAACAGAGAUUUCUGCCAUCGGACAUGGACACUGUAGAUGGUGCCGAAAUGGCCUUGAAAAUCGACCCCAAUGACAAGUUAUUCAAUAAGCUGAAAGACCGAAUGGAUGUCACGGCCAAAGGCAUCAAAGACCCCAAGACGAAAAACUCAUUAACCAUCGAACAGGCGUACGAGAAAGGGAUAAUAAAUUUUGCGACGGCCGAGUACGAUACUCUAGAUGGUGAGAUUCUGCCAUUGGAGGAAGCUACAGCUCGCGGACUGAUAGAACCCAACGUUUUAAAACAGAUCCUCAAAACGUACGCGGAAUCAAGCGUAGGGGAUCUGAUAGACAAGGGCCAGUUCGACCCCGACACGGGACUGGUUACAGACACGGUUACGGGGCUGACGAUGUCGCUGCAAGCUGCUGUGAACCAGUCUAUCAUUGACCCUGACACGACCUUCUUCUACGACGUGUCUGCGCAGAGAGUGACAAGCCUUGCAUCUGCUAUUAAAAAUGGCCGCUGCAACCUGGCGACGGGGAAGAUUGUGCGAAGGGAGACUGGGGAAGAGCUGUCAGUGAGCGAAGCUGUUCAGGCGUGUCAGAUUUCUCCGUACAUCAACGCAUCAAGCGUCGCCGAACACGCGGAGACGCUGCAGAGACUGCGAGGGGUUAUGGACACCAACAUGAAAGGGGUCAAGGUUGCGACCUCCAACGACCUCCUGUCCAUAGAGGAUGCGGUGCUGUGUGGUGCGCUGAACAUUCCGCUGGUGGCGUACGCGAACGAACGGACGAGCGACAUCGUCCCGUUGCAGGUCGCCGUGACGUCGGACCAGGUCGAGCCUCAAGCGGCCAUCGCGUUGUUCACCGCGCUUAACAAACUGUCGCUCCAGGAAGCCAUCUGUUCUCAGGAACUGGACCCGCACUCUGGGAAAUAUGUUGCCGCGGAUACCAAAGAAUCCCUGCCGAUAGACGUUGCCCAGAACAGAGGGAUCUGGAAUCCGGAUUACGUCUAUUUCGUCGACAAUGAGACGGGAAACGUCACCAGUUUGGGGUCAUUCAUGGACCGCGGCAAAUUCGACCCCAAAUCUGGAAAGGUCAUAAGCAACGUGUCGGGUCAGGCGAUGACAAUCGAACAGGCCAUUGCGAAUGGACUCAUCACCCCACAUAUCGACCCCGAGAAAUAUGUUGACACGACAACGACCUUGAAGGACCUCAUCGACAACGGGAAGGUCAAUCCGAGAAGCACGGACUUUGUUGCCCCGGGUGAUCACAAGAUGUCCAUAAGAGAUGCGUUAGCCAAUGGGUUCCUCACCAUGGGGUCGAAGGUCAAACUGAACCCGGAUACUGGGACACUGGAGCUGGCGUCGGACGAAGAAAUAGUCCGAGCUCUCGUUGAUGUGAAGGAGAACUCCGACUGGCUGUCGCAGGUGGAGCAGACGCUGGCUGGGCAGAACAAACCGAGCGAGAAGCUCGACAAACUCAAGAAACAGAACGAUGACAGCAAGGUUCUGAAGUCUGACAUUGAGCAGAAGGAGCCGAUUGUGCGGUGUGCAAUCCGCCAGGCGGAGGAGCUGAUAGAGACGAACAAAGACUCGCGCGAGAAUGACACUGUACAGCAGUUCAAAAAACUCCGAUACAACACGUCUGACCUUAAAGUCCGCUUUGAUGUCGCAGCAACAGAGGCCGGCUCACGAAACAGCCAUCUUCAAGAGAUGUUUGCGGAACUUGAAGAUUUUUACUCGCAACUUGAGAACCUGGAUGUGUGGAUGGACCAGGCCAUAGAGAAAUCUCAGGACCUGCAGUCUCUACAGGGAGACAUCGAGACUCAGUACAGUGCCUUUAAGGAUUUUAUUGAAGAAGUUAAAGCCAAAGAAGAUGAUAUAGCAAAGAUUUUGAAACUUUCUGACAGUUUCCGCGAUAAUUCACAGGACUUUGAACGAGAAGUGGAUGUCUACAGAAAGCGUGUCCAGAUUCUACCGACCAUUAAGGAAGAAUCGGAGGCUGGUAUCCUUGACGACGAGAUUGAAUCGAUCGAAGCCAAGUACAAAGACAUCUCUCACGAAUGUGCUAAACACAUGGACCGGCUUGCCAGCUUGAUGAAGAAUAAAAAAGCAUUCAACGAUUUAAACGACAGGUUAAAUUCUUCGUACCAACCUCUGCAGGAUCAAAUCGGCAGAAUCGUCGAUGAAAACAUGGGCCACAACCCUGAGAAGGAUUCCAGAGACUUGAAUGCUCUGAAAUCCAUCAAAGCCGAUCUGAUUGGUCAGGAGAGGAAACUAAAGGACCUAUCAGCAGCGGGCGACCGAUUGUCUGCGGGACUGCAGGAAGCUGGGCUCCAGUACGAGGCUGACGAGGUGAGAAGUGUGAUUGACGACCACCACGACAAACACACGGCAUUGCUAGGGGCCGUCAAGGACAAAGAGGAGAAGCUGGAAGCCUCGGUUGCCCAGCAACAGAACGUGAUGAACCGAUUGGACGGUGUCAUAGCGAUGGUCGAUGAUGCCGAAAACAGCUUGUCCCACCCGGAACUGAUCAGUUUGAACAAGGAACAUCUCGCGCAGCAGUUACAGGAGCAGAGGAUCAUGAACGCCGAUAUCGGCAGCAACAGAUCUCUGCUCGACCGACUCUCGCAGGAGGCGGGGGCAGACGCAGCAUUGUCCGAGCUCCAGGACAGGUUGGAAGAGGUGGAGAAGAAAGCAGACGCCAGAACAGCCGAGCUGGAAGAAGUGUCGACAAGAAUUGCAGACUUCGAGGACAAGGUUUCCGACCUGGACGCCUGGCUGACGGACUCCAUACAGUCGCUGAAGGUGAAGCCGAAGACAGCCAAUCAGAAGGCAAUGAAGGCCAAGGUGGACGCGCUGUACGAGGCGAAGCGGGACCGCGAGGAAUAUGUCGAUGCACUCAGGGACACGUGUCGCGGGCUGAUGGAGAAUGAGCGCGUCUGCGACCGGUACGCAGUCAAGGAGUGUCUCGCUGACACCGAGACCAAGUGGAAUGAUCUGACUGAGUUCCUCGUUCAACAGGUGUCUCUAGAGGCCCUCUCUGAGAUAGACGGGAUGUUGAAGUAUCUCGACAAAGCCGAGAAUGAGAUCAACACGGCCGAACCCAUCAGCGUCGAACCAGAAACACUGACCGUCCAGCUUAAAGAUCACAGUUCGUUUAAUGAGGAUCUGAUGCAGAAGCGAAACGCGGUCAAGGACAUCAUCAACAAGUGUAACAAGAUGCUAAGGGAGACAACCAACGAGCAGACGGAUGAGAUCAAGAGCCGAUUGGACAGUAUCCGUGCCCAGGCCGACAUCGUCUGUCAGCUCAGUGCCGAGCGCCUGCAGCAGCUGGAGGCUGCGCUCCCACUGGCCUCUCACUACAGUGAGAACCAAUCAGAGGUGCAGGCGUGGCUAGAUGAGAUGGAGGCGGAGCUAAAGGCUCAGGGAAAGCCAGGGGAGAGUUUAGAGCAAGUGAGAAAACAGCACGACAACUUGAAGGGAACGCAGCUGAUAAUCGAGGAUCACAAGCCGUUCAUCGACGACCUCAACUCGACGGGCCUGGAGCUGAUGGACCUGUGUGGGGACGGUGACGCGGGCGAGAUCCAGAGUCGACUGCUCGCCACCAACAAGCGCUACGAGACGCUCAAGAGUCAGGCCAGACACAAAGCGAGGGAGCUCACCGACUGUAAGAAAAAACUCACACAAGAGGUGACCGACACUAUGGACAAUCUCCUCGAGGAAGUGGUGGGACUCAACCAGACAGUAACGAACGCGGAUCCUAUCCCAGCCACUCCAGAAAAGUUGAAGAACGAGAUUGACGAAAACAAGGCUGUACUAGAAGAUCUGGAACGGAUGAAGCCAUACAUUGUCAAAGCGGAGGAAAUUGCCAAAAACGUUGCUGCGCAUGGUGUUGAUGACCCCGCAGAAGCCGAGGACAUCCGCAGCAAAGUGGUGGAGAUCAAAGAGCUGGGAAGCGCUGUGAGGGACCGCGCCGAGGACCGGCAGUGCUCCCUGGACAAGGCGCUGAAGGUGUCUGACAAGUUCUACGACCUGUGUAGCGACGUGAUGUCGGGUCUGCGUGACCUCAAGGACAGUCUGUACUCGCAGGAGCCACCAGGGAUAGACGGGCCGACCAUCAGGGAGCAGCAGAACGAACUCACUGGAAUCAAGAAGGAGCUGGAGAAGGCCAAGGAGCUGAUGGGUGAGUGUUCCAAGAUGGCUGAUGACCUGUGUAUUGUGUGCGGCGACCCCGGGCGGGUGGAGGUCCAGAAACAGAUGGAGGACCUCGUAAACAUGGCCGACGACGUAAACGAUAUGGCCAAGGACCGCGGCGAGGAACUGAGGAACGCGUACCAACAUGCUGACAAGUUCCAGCAUCUCUUAGAGUCUGUGAUGUCCUGGUUACCGCUGUCCGAACACAAGCUGGCCAGCAUGAGGGCGCCGACCUCUGACCCAGACACUUUGCGAGAUCAGAUCGAGGAGGUGAAGUUGUUUAAAUCGCAAGUGCACCCCCACAUUGUUGACAUGCAACAACUGAACCAACAGGUGGCAGCACUGAAGGAUCUGUCGCCUGUUGCCGCAGAAACGCUUCUCAAACCCGUACAGGAGGCUAAUGAGAAGUGGAACGAACUCAUCAGAGGCAUUGCUGAAAGAGAGUCGAAACUGAAUGAUAUGCAGGUCAAAGUUGGUGAGGUCACUCGAGCAAUGGAUGACAUCAUCUGUGCUCUUCAGCAGGCCAACUCUGACCUUGAACCCAUGGAUAAGGUCAAGGGCGAUCCCAAGUUUUUGGAGACUCAUAUGAGGAAGCUACAGCUGAUCCAGGCCGACAUUCGAAACCAGGACAAGACGUGUCAAAAGCUGAACAAAGCGACGGAUGACAUCAUCGCGCGGGUCGGUGACGAGGAUUCGGGGCUGACAAAGAAACGCGACGCAAUGAACGGCGAGCUGAGAUCGGUGCAUGCCACCGCACGGGAUAAAGAACACAAACUACAGGAGACUCUACGACAGACUAAGAGGUAUCUGGGAGGGUUGGAGGACACUCUGCAGUGGAUCAAUGAAUUUCGUGUGGAGCUGAAGACGAACGCUCCAUUUGGGGCUCUUCCCGAGACCGCCGAGAAGCAGUACGAGAAGUUUAUGGCUAGAACUCGAGAACUGGAGGGUAAAGAGAAGGCCGUACACAGUCUGUUGACGGCAGGACAGGACAUACUCGACACUUGUCGGCCCGAAGACGUCACAACCAUUUCAGAGAAACUGAAAAAACUACGAGACCGAUGGCAGGAUACACGGACCCGGGCAGCCAAGCGAAAGGAGAAGAUGGAGGAACACUUGCAGAACGUCGGUCAGUUCCACGACACGCUGAAGGCCUUCACCGAUUGGCUGAACAACGCCGAGAUCUCCAUGAGGAGAUUCAAGUAUCCCAGCAAACUCGUGCCCACCGUAGCCAAACAGAUAGAAGACCACAACGCUCUCAAAUCGGACCUGGAGUCCCAGGCGGACAAUAUGUUGACCCUGGACCGGACCGGUACGUACCUCAAGUACUUCGGUCGCAAACAGGACACGAUCUACAUCAAGAACCUCCUCGUGGGAAUCCGGCUGCGCUGGAAGAAACUCCUCCGACGGACGGAUGAGCGCGGGCGUCUGCUGCAGCAGGCGUACAAAGAGGACAAGCGGUUCCAUGACGCCUGGCAGGGUCUCUGUGAUUGGCUGGAUGAGAGUUCGAAGAUGCUGGUUAAAUACAUGGAAGCUACAAAACAACCGUCUGCUACCAAACAAGAUAUUGAUCAACUCAAGCGUUUCCAGCACCAGCUGUCGUCCAAACACCCAAUCUUCUACUCGACGACGCGACUCGGCCGCAACCUGAAGGACCGGUGCACGAAGCAGGACCCGGAGCGUGAGGUCCUACAGAGCAUGCUUGAUGACCUCAAGAAUAAAUGGAACUCCGUCAGAUCAGUCGUCUCAAAAAGUCAGAACAAGCUGGACGAAGCAUUGCUCACGUCGGGACGGGUGUCCGACGCCCUCAACUCUCUCCUGGAGUGGCUCAACAAGGCCGAGACGACCAUCGCGGAUGAUCAGCCCGUUCUUGGUGACCUCGACACUGUACACAUGCUAUUCGAACAACACCGGGCAAUCCAACAAGAGUUGGCAGCUAGGGAGCCGACCAUUGCUACGAUGAAGAGCGCGAGUAACCUUCCAGCCUCCCAGAUCGAAGAUCUCACGCGAAUCUGGGAUCGGGUCAACCACCUGAGUGAUGUGCGGGAAAACCGACUCCGCAACGCCAUGACACUGGCUGAAGAGUUCCAAGAGGUAGUGACAACUAUGAGAGAAUUCCUGCCCCAUGCUGAAUCUGAGCUGAAGUUCCGAGCAUUGCCGGAUGAUGAGGUGGCAAUCAUUCAGCUCAUUGAGCGACAUGAGAAAUUCAUGGAAGGCCUCCGAGGCCACCAGGAGAUGGUGGAGCGAAUCAAACAGUUGGCCGAGGAAAUACUGUCUGCAUGUCACCCGAAUGCGAUCCGAUUCGUCAAGUACUACCUCACUAUCACACAGACGAGAUGGGACCAGCUUCUGCUGCGAGCUAAAAACCGUGCAGCCCGCCUGCAAGACGCUCUGCGGAACAUCCAGGGCAACGCAGCACUUCUCGAGGAGCUUCUCGCCUGGCUCACAGACGCCCAGGCACUCCUAGCAACCAAAGAGCGCGAUCCAAUCCCUGACGAUCUCAAAGUGGUGGAGACACUGCUCAAGGAGCAUUUGGAAUUUCAUGAAGAAGUUACGAGUAAAAAUUCAGAUGCUGAACGUUUAACCAAGCUUGUCUCCCUUGAAAAUAAACAAAAAUAUGGAAGCAACAUGCGUCUGAAUGACUCUGAAGGGUACAAUCCCCGUGUGAUGGCACUACAAGCCAAGUGGCGCACGGUAUGGCGUAUGUCGGUUGACCGCAAAAAAAUGUUGCAGGAUGCUCACGAUACACUGAUGGAGCUGGAGAGCUUUAAGAACUUCAACUUUGACCUGUGGAGACAGCGGUACCUGAAUUGGGUGAAGGCGAAGAAAUACCGAAUCACGGACUUCUUCCGACGACAAGACAAAGACUGCGAUGGAUUCGUAUCGCGAGAAGAGUUCGUCAUGGGGAUGUUGAAAUCCAAAUUUCCCUCCAACAAGACUGAACUCAAUGCUGUGUUUGACAUAUUUGACAAACGCGGAUUCAUGGACUACAAGGAUUUCAUUGACGCUCUCAAGCCAGACAAGAACAAGUCAGCUCGGGCUAAGGCAGCCUCACGCCAGAAGCCGGAUGUGGAAGUAAUUCAUGAUGAAAUCGAGCGUGACGUCUCUCUCUGCCAGUGUCGACAUCAAUUCAAGGCCGAGUUUAUAGAAGAGGGAAAGUACCGGUUUGGAGAGACACAGAAAGUUCGUCUGGUCCGCUUUCUUAACAGCACCGUGAUGGUGCGAGUCGGUGGUGGGUGGAUAACUCUGGAGGAAUUCCUAGAAGCCAACGAUCCUUGUAGAGCAAGGGGCCGAACUAAUUUUGACCUGCGCGACACUCUCUUAUUGCCCGAUGGGUCGCAGCAGUCUGUCACCUCCUCCACCUCCCGGAGGGGGAGUACACCAGGGCGGAGUAUUUCCCCCUUCCCCACAGGUGCCAGGCGACGCCAAAACGAUACCGGAUAUGCUUCAUCGAAUUCCUCAGCGGGAAGUUCUGCAGAAUCGUCUCUACGUCGUAGUCGAAUCACAUCGUCUAUGGUAAACCUAUCGUCGCACGCCAACCAUAGUCCUUCGUUGAAUAAAAACCCAGAGUUUGGAUCCACGGGAAGCUUGAGCCGAUCGAAGCGAAUCAGUACGUCGUCUUCAAGUCUAGCCUCCAACCAGAGUAGAAACAUGCGCACCCCGACCCCCGGCCAGAGCCCCACUUCGUCAACCCCGAGAAGAAACUCUAGUACAUUCGUUCAAAGAUCAAAAACUCCCACCCCAACAUCGUCGUUUGGCUCGACCCCGAGGUCACGACCGACGACCCCCACAACCCCCUUCUCCCCCCGAACUACGUCAACACCACAACGUCCUGGGAGUACAACUCCCACGAAGGGAAUGCGAACGCGACGACUGCCAUCCACGCCAACACAACCAAAGGCUCCACAAACGGGGUGGAGAUAAAGUUCUUAUCAUUCCUUUCUUUGAACUCAAAGAAUUGUCUACCAGAGGCCAUUUAUGGAAGACGUAUGUUAUCAUUUGAAAUAAUGAUUGUUGAAACAAAAUGUUAUUGUUUGGCUAAAAGCAAAAUGUUAUCCCUUGAUUGUCAGCUGUACACAGAUUUUUAUUGGUGGAACAAAAUAUUAUCUGUCCAAAGCAAAAUGUUGAUUGGCCAGUUGUAGAAAAGAUUUUAAUUGGUGAAACAAAAUGAGGUAGUCUUUGUGAUUGGUUAAAAUGUAGAGCCUUACAUUGUUGUAACAAUGUUAUCAUUUCUCUGAUUGGUUUGACUAACACCUGUAGGGGGUAAUGCAAAAUGUCACCAAUUAUCUGAUUGGUCAGUGUUAAGACAGUUUCAUUGGUGGAGCAAAGUGAUAACACUUCUCUAACUGGUCGACUGUAGAAGGAUGUUUAUUGGUGGGAUCUGAUUUGAAUGUCUCAGUUUCUACUAGCAAUAUAUAAUUUUAAAUUAUGAAAGAUAUUAAUAUAGAUAUUUGCAGAUAUUAUAUUUACACAAGUAAAACAUUCCAGUUUUAUACUGCAUUUAUAUAUACCAUUAAUCAAAGUUGUGAGAUUAUACAUAUCACUGGUUUAGUGUACUAAGAAAUCAUUUAACACAUAUUUAUUUGCAUUGCAUAUUCAUUUUCUAGGGUACAGGGUCCAAAUUAUGUCUUCUUUUUUAAAUUAAGCUUUAAAUUAUCGCAUUGUAAGCUGCCUUUUAUAUUUCCCAACUAUGCAAAUAUUUGUCAGUUUUACAACAUUCAUUUUCUGUAGCUUUGAGUUGAAGUUUUCGGUUUUUUUCAAACUCAUCAAGAACUGUACAGCGGGUAAUAAUUAUUGGAAAGAAACUCUGUUUUUAACACUUUGCCUGUUCAAAAAAUUUUAAAUAGUUUUUCUUGAAAAUGAGUGAGUUUCUAGAAUUCCGAUGUCGCAUCUGAUCACAAAUUAGGAUGAGAAUGGUGAUGGAUGCGCCCUUGCUUGAAAUAAUGAUCGAAAGUUGCCAUAAAACUAUUUUUUAAAAUGUAUAUUGGACUUUGUCACACUCAAAAGGUUUACCUUUGUUUUUAAUAACAAGAGCAUGCAGUCAAACCUAUAUUAAUUUAAGAUACCAAUUUUAUUCAGGUUGCAUUUCAAAUGACAUUUUGGCAACAGUGGGGGGCAGGGGUAUCUUAUAUUAUUGUAAUCAUUGUUGAUACUGAAGAACACAUUUAUUAAUAUGUAUUUGAUCAGUUUCUCACAAAAUUCCAUUAUUUUAAUUCAUGUGACUUUCUAUAUAUUAAAAAAAAAGGUUUCUUUUCAUACAUAUCGCGAUUUCUGUAGAAUCCCCACCCCCACCCCAGUCAGUCCUAUGGACUGGCCCAAGCAUUCCAACAGCUAAUAAGAUGGCUAGAAUCUACUAUUACUUAAAAAUAGAAAUAUUUCUCCCAUCAGCCCAGGCGGAAUAAAUCGGUCUUGCAUGGGCUAUGAGGUAAUUGAAUUUAACAUUGGGAGUAUUACGAUAUUGACAGUGCUGGAUUUAUAAGGGGGCAAUUGCCCCGCAAACCCCCCCCCCCCCCCAGACUAAGAACUUCCUUUAUAAAAAAAAAUAUAAUAAUUAUAAAAUUAGUUCAUUUUUUUAUUUGUCAUGUAAUUUAAUUUCUAUGUUGAGGGGCCCCUAAACCUGAAGUGCUCGGGACCCCCAAGGUGUACAUCCCACCCUGGGUAUUGGUAAUAUAUGACGUCAUAUCGAUGGGAGUUGGUUAGUUUUAAAUUGAUAUUUUGUUAUUAAAACCUUCAUAAAAGCUAUGGAUGGGAGAAAAAGACUCCACCAUAUGCGGUCAUGUGGGAUAGAAUAAGUAUACCCUCGGUGGCGAAAAUUUCGAUGGUGGGACUCGGCAAGCCUCAUCACAGGUCGAAAUUUUCACCACCUCAGGUGUACUUUUUCUAUCCCAUAUGAUUGGAGUCUAUUAGUCCAGAAUAUAGAAGCAAAGGAGGAAGUACAUGUAGAUAUCACGUGACCGGAACAGGAUAUCCAUGCAUCAAAGGGAGAUUAUAGCCAUUUAAUUGGCUGAUGGAGUAUUCGGGUCAGUCCACCGGCCUCGGUGGCGUCGUGGUUAGGCCAUCGGUCUACAGGCUGGUAGGUACUGGGUUCGGAUCCCAGUCGAGGCAUGGGAUUUUUAAUCCAGAUACCGACUCAAAACCCUGGGUGAGUGCU